GAUGGUAUGCUACAAAACUUGGAGAAAGAGAUUGAUGAUGAUGCCAAAAUUGGCAGAGGCUGGCUGCUUCUUGACAGGGAUCGAGAUGGAAAGGUCACACCUGAUGAAGUUGCAGCAGAUGCAAUGUACCUCAAGGACAGACUUGCCCUUCAACAACUAAUCAGCAGUCUCUCCAAAGAUAAAGGGAUGGUCAAAGUCAAUGAUUGGGAGGAUGAAAGCAGAAACGAAUUCCUGAGGCUGGUCAAGAAAGAGGUGGAGGGAAAAGAUGUUGAUGGUGAAAAGGCUGCAAUGAAGGCAUACAAAGCAGCUAGUGACCAAAGUGAUGAAGUUUCUGAAGCAGACAAGGUUUCCUCUGCACUAAUGGAAAAGGUUGAUGGUAUGAUACAAAACAUGGAGAAGGAGAUUGAUGAUGUGAAAAUUGGCAAAGGCUUUCUUGACAGGGAUCGAGUUGGAAAGGUCACACCUGCUGCAUUGUGUACCUGAACAACUAAUCAGUAAUGGAUCCGGUUAACUGCAGCUUUUUUUUUAUAAUGUACUUAAGAGAGCAAAACACAUUUUGCGUCUUCUUCACCUUACUUUCCCACGUUGAUUUUGUGCAAAGCUCUUGCGGAUUUAAUUGUUUUGUUCCGUCUUUUGUUUCUUGGAAACCCUCCGAGUUUUGGGAAUUUGCACAAUUACACUCUUAUUAUUUACACUUACAACCUAUUAGUAUGUAUUAUGUCAACACA